GCUGUCAGCAGCAGUAGGCUGGAGUUGUUAUACAUCGAACAGAAUUUUCCUCUGCUAACUUGAUAGUUGGAAAAUCAUUGCCAAACCGGAUAUUGAGCAACAAGGCGUCCAGAACCUACAUGGUUGGCUGCAAAUUUCAAUAAAUCCCAUGAGCCCAUCGAGGAUGGCAGAGUAUGGCGACUAAUCCUUUCAAGCAAGCGCCAGCAAUACCCAGCACGAACCAAAGCAGCAACAUACAGCACUGUUACGAUGAACCACCAACACCCGUGCUCAGUUCGACUAGCGGCGGCGCGACAAGUAGCGGUACGAGCGCAGCUGACAGUACCAACAUCCUGAAGCAACGGGCGCCGUGUGCCUGUUCGAACAUCAGCAUUAUGCAGUUGUUUCACGAGAUGAAGCAGAAGUAUCCAACCGUACCGGACACGGUGGUGUCGGAGCUGGUGACACAGAACUGCCACGAUCGGCCGACCUGCAUCGGGAAGCUGGAGGAAGCGGUGCUCGGUACACCCGGCCAAACUACCUACCCGUCGCAAUCCAUUCACAGUGGCAGCCUGAAACGGCGCAGCGGCGACCGGAAGCUGGCCGGCGGCAAUCGAUCGGAUGGCAGCAACAGCUACAGCAGCAAUAGCAGCAGCAAUAGUAGCCGCGAGAGUAGCGUCGAUAGUAGCAGGUUACAGGGCGCUUCCUGUCCUGCCACACAUCAGCACCAGCAGGGAGUUCCGAUGGCCGGUACGGCCGGCUACAGUGAUAGUAGACUAUUAGGUGACAACCGAACUGCCGGUUUGUGCGCAAACCGGCCCACCACGUUGGCCGUGCGCCCAGCAGCGGCCGGGAUGGGUAACUUUGGAGCAACACCGCCCACACCUCCGAUGCGCCCCAAUCGGACCGCUCCACCAUGUCCACCGAGCAACGGACCGUUGGCGACGUCCACCAUCACGACCACGACAACGGCCAGCGGUAGUGGUGAGCUCGGUGAGACGGUGAACUUGCAGGUGAACGUUACCGUGUCGCCCAAAUCCGGCGGACCGCUGAUCGCUAGUCAACGGCACACCUCGACGAUCUCGCUACAACCGGAACCGCCAUACUCGCGUGAGCUAGCCCAAGUCUGCAGUACCUUUAGUGGUGGGAAUUCGCCGAUUGCGGUAGCUGGCACACCCGGUGGUGCGGGAUCACGGACGGGAUCAGCUGGCCCUGCACCGUCCAGCGCAAGUGCUAACGGUGGCCGUAGCUCGACCUCGGUCAACCUAACCCUACGACAACCGACUGACGGUCGGCCCCGCACACCGAUCCACAUCCAUGCCAGCCCGCUCAAGUAUACCGCCAAAAACUUUAACGCUCAGUCCGGCAUCCAGUCGAAGCUGGAGGUUACGUUUCGGGAUGGGUUCGGUUCGUUCAGUGCGAUGCGCGCCCAGCUACCGGGUUAUGAACCUCAGCAAGAAAUGGCCACCCAUUACCAGGAACGGGAACCGUGCGCUGUUGCUUUGCCGGAUGGCCACAGUGGGUGGUAUCAGCCGGCUUCGGCAGGGAGUAGAGCACCGUACGUGCAUGCCGGAUUUCCACCACCCCUGUCAUCCUCAUCGCCAUUGCCCAACCUAGCGGCGCAUCAGAUGGCAUCUAGUCGGGGGAUUACCGGACAAUCGUUGUUUGCCGACGGUCCGCUAGAGAACGAUGGACUGACGAAGGAAAUACGGUACCAGAACUUCGUGGUUGCAGAGAUGGCCGUAUCGCAGCAGCUGGAGCAAAAGCAGCGCCUGAGCCUGGAGGUUGAACGGAAGCGAACGCAGUUCGAAUCGAUCUGCCGCGAGAUCUUCGUUUUGCAGCAACCGCUGCGGUUUAUCGACGCGGAACUGCUUGAUCGCGAGGUGCUGGUGCUGGCGGCUGAGGUCGAACAGUUGCAGAAAGCGGUGGAUUCGUGUGAUGAUGAAGAGGCGCGGGUACAGGCCGCAGCUGCCGCAGUUGCUGCCGCUGGUUCAUCGAUAACGGAUGGGCUCAGUGCGCUGAGUGUUGAAGGUGGUUCACCAUUAAUGCUUGCAUCGUCCAUGGUAUCCGGAUCGGGUGGGACCCUGGCGAAUCGCCCUCCGAGACCACCCCGGCCACCACCGCCCCGGGCACCGACCCAUUCGCCAUCACGUGGCAGCUCUGGGAGCGUUACCCCGUGCACGCCACUUCUUGCACCGUCCCUGGCUGCACUCGGUGGCACGUCACCGGUACCAACGCCGUCAUCGUCCUCAUCCUCGCCCUGCUCAACCUCGUCGUCGUUUAUGUCGAAUGGUGGAGGUGCCGGUGAUCCGAUGGCUGCGAGUCGACUGCAACCAUCCACGGCAGGCCCGAAUCAACCCUGGACCUGCAGUCUCUGUACAUUCCAAAACCACGAACUAAUGCCCGCGUGCGAAGUCUGCUCGCUGCCGAAAGCAUCCGGUAGUAGAACGGCUGCAGCAGCUGCACCGACCAACAACACCCAUCCGGCCUUUACGGUCGCGGGCAAUAUGAGCGAUGGUGGCGGAGGAGGAGGAGGAGGACACCAUGCUGCCGGUGUGCUACUGCGCCGCCAGCAUCAUGUAUCGGUUGAUACAGGCGUCGCGGCAGCUGCUGCCGCUGCUGCUGCUGCGGCUGCCGUCGUCGGAGCGUCCGUUGCCGGCCCAUCUACAGCGCCACCGUAUCCGGGUAUGGCGGAUAUGCCUCCACCGUCGUUUGCUUCUUUGACGGGGCACCCAUCCACGGUGGUGCCGUUGCAAACCAUUCCCUCCCACGGCCAGCAACAGGCGCUAGCGAACCAGCAGCAGCAGCAGCAGCCAGCGCAAUCGAUACAGCAACAAACCCAGCAAUCCAAUCCGCCACCGUUGCAAAAUGCCCAGUAUCAGAAAUCAUCCAUCGAAUGCUAAACCUGCUCAAGUGCCAUCGCCACUGACGAUUCACAGCCGUACUAACCACCCAAACAAGCAUUGAAUAGUGUGACAGAGCGGAGCAAUUGGAAAUUUGGGACAUCGCUGCUCGUUCACCCUCCCUACAAGAGGAAACACGUAGCGCAUAAAGGAAAAAAUGACCGCCGGGAGUAGCCUUUUUGCAUGCAUUGCCAAAUAAUGCGAGACGUUUUUCUUUACCCCCCCACGGUAGGGUGUGUCUCUGUCGCGUGUGUUUGUGCGUGUGGAUUGCAUGUGUGUGUGUGUCUGUGUGUGUUUAUUUGCAGAGCAGCGUGUUUAACUGAUGUGUUGAGAAUACCAUCCGGCCCGGUAUGCGGUAUUGAAUGUAUCGCAAAAUGGCAGAUAGAGGGACCAUGUUUUGUUACUGAUUUCUUUAGUUAGCUAUGUUAAUGAUUCUUUUCGUUUGCCUCACGUCGAUACGUAUGUGUGGUGUCUGUUCGAGUGUUCAACAUUUCAUUUUACAAUGCAACUACUUCUUUUUGACCCGUAUUGUGUUGACCUUAGCAGAAGGACCCUUUGGCGACUUGCUGGAUAGUCAACUCUGUGAAUUGCGGAAACGGUUCGGAGUGGCGAGACUUACUUUUGGCUACCACAUGCAUCAAAUUUAAGCGUUAAGACUGUAUGUAAGAGCCCCUUAAUUUAAUCCUUUAUUGAGACGGUUAACGCAAAUGCAUCAGUUGUUUUUGUGAUAAAUUAAUUAAUCGAUACCUGAACAGGCGAUGAUAUGGCUAAUUAUUCGUCGUAUUAAAAUAGAAUAAAAAUUGUACAGGGUUAGUUGUGCAUUGUGCUGUUUUCCAGCUGUUUUUUUUCAGGGAGCAACGAGUAGCGUAGUGUUAGGUUAGGGCAGGAACAUGAAGAGAGACACCCUUAUACGAACCUAAAUAAUAAGUUUACAUUGCACUAGUGGGCAAGCAACAGUAUAACUUAACCGAUAUGCAAACAUAUUAUCGCAUUAUUAUAAGCGAUUGUAUGCCACGGUGGCCGACAUUGAUGGAGUUGUUAGCACGUCGUUGGAUGUGCAGACAACAGCCCGGAAGCAAACGACGCAAAGACGAAACGCCACCGAUCCUCCGCUGGUACGCACAUGAUGAGCAUUUUAGUCGUAAAAGGUGCGUUAUCACAGCGCACCACGAUUAUAAAUAGAUUAUCACCGCUUGGAUCGGUGGCCCGGAGUUGCGUUGACGCGCACGUACCCUUGCGAGUUACGCAGCGCAACGAAAGCCUCCCGAAAUGGUGACAGUCGACGAUGCUGUGACGCGUGAUUUGAGCGAGUCGUGCGUUUCAUUAAGCAUACCGAUCGUUGUUGUUUUUUUUCUUCUGUUGGUGCUGCCAGUACUCUCUGUGCAAUGCGUUUGUGGUCCAUCAUAGACGCCACCGAGCUGUUAGGUGCAUCGAAUGCAUUUGUAUCGUGCGGUGUCUGGCGCUUUGAUGCUGCUGGCACAUCAAGCGCACAAAGUGUGAUACCAAUUUCUUACACCUUGUGCCGGCACACCGGCUUAGAAGUUUCGGUAUGCUUUUUCUCCUCCCGCCGGCAACUAUUGUGUACCGUGCCCGUCGAAUGGUCUGGUUUACAACCGUUGUUUGUUUGAUUUUCUUUAGUGUCAUUUUUCUCUGCCAAAGCAAAACAUCCCGCAUCAACCUCGCGGGCGCUGUCGGCGGGUGUGAUGACACGGUUAAUAAAAAAAAACAGUGAGAAAAUAAGGCCAAUUGAAUUGCAUUUGCUUUGCACGUUUAAUUUCCCGUUUGUGAGAAGAGGUUUUACAAGAGAAGGACAAUAUUUUCACACAAACCAUUCCCAGAGAUUGCCUCCAUAAACGUAACAGGAAGAUCGAUACUUCUAUAAAAUAUGUAUGAAUAUAAAUUAUAUCGAUGUUAAAUAGAAAUGCAUUGCAUAACUGCAAAUGUGGUUAUAAUUUUUUUUCUGUGGUUUAAAAUCGAUGUUUAAUGUCCGAACAAGAUGCUACUGUGCCGCUUUUUGUUUUGGUUUUGAUAGCUUGUAUGUGUGAAUGCACUAAUAAAAUUCCAUUUUAGUUACCCUGUGAAUGGCAAUGAGUGUGUGAUGUGUUGCUAUACGUUACUUAACAGAUGUUCUCAUGAGCAGCGCACUCAUUUCGGUCACCACUCAUACA